AUGUCGCAAGCUGAGGACGGCAGCACGUCACAUGGCACUGAUGGCAGCACACCGCGUACUGAGAGCUGGCAGAACAACCACAGUUUUCAGCAGCCGCGGCCCCCCGGGCCAGACCCAUCCCAAGAAAUGUUUGGGCAAGCUCGGCAGCGACGAAAAAUCACCAAACUAGAGGGGAAGAUAGAGACUCUUGAAUCCGGGCGAGCUGCGAAAGAAAGGCAAACAAAUUACUACCUGUCCCAAGGAAGAGCCUACAGGCGUAUCGUCUCUCUCUUUGAUGGCAUUGAGGAUCUCGUUUCAGAAAAUGAUAGAAGAUAUGAUGUCAAUGAAGAUGACGAGUCUGCUACUUUCGACCAAAAGAGGCUGCAAGCAGGGUACACCAUCCUGAUAGGAGCCUUGCCAUGGUUAGUGAAGAAGGCCAUGGACGCCGAGAACGAUGAGUACAUACGCAUGUUAAAAUUGCUCAGGCAGGGGGCUGACGCUGCUCGUGGGGACGAUACAUCAAAACUCAAGGCUCUUAUCUCAGAUUGGGUCAAUCGCGAAUUGAAACCAGACCCUCCUAUUGACCACGAUGAUAAGCAUGGUCGUGGAUUCAUCAGUGAUGCGUCUGUAACGGAGCUCUCCUUUCCAACAUUUUUAUAUGAAAAGUACAACGCUAAUCCGGACGACCUGGAGGAAGGGCUCUUCAAGGGAAAAAUUCUUGUGCAGGGCUACAAAGCUGUGUUUACUUCACCCUCUUCAGCAAAGGACAUCGACGGCGACGGCGAUGGCGCAGAUGUUGUCAGGAACAACGCGCGCAUGAAGAACACACUCUUGGGGUCCAAAGUGAAAAAACAUGUAGCACAGAUCAUCAAGUUGGAUAAAGUAACUCCGAGGUCUAUUGCUUAUAUUGCCUGCCAAGUCCGAUUCGCUCUUUCCUCCGUUACCUCGUGGCGGAUCGUCGACGGCGACUUCAACUACAUCCAGUUCUGGCGAAUUAUAGUGGAUUUUUUUGAAAGUCCCCCGGGCCGAGAAGCGCAGCGCAGGGUCACCAAACUCCUGGAGUGGUGGACUCGAAAAGUUUUCGGAAGGAGUCAGCGUGAGGACCUUAGCAAUGCAGCAAAGGCUUCCAUGUCCGUGAACGCUCUCGUGAUUCGAACUAGAUAUCUGUCAUUAUCUUCGCACCUUGCCUUUGUGUAG